GCUCAGGAGGCGCGAGGUAGCUGAGCUCUGCGACCAUGAAGGUCAAAGUCAUCCCUGUGCUUGAGGACAACUACAUGUACCUGGUCAUUGAGGAGCACACGCGGGAGGCUGUGGCCGUGGACGUGUCCGUGCCCAAAAGGCUGCUGGAGAUCGUAGGCCGGGAGGGGGUAUCACUGACCACCGUGCUGACCACCCACCACCACUGGGACCACGCUCGUGGCAACGCGGAGCUGGUGAGACUGCAGCCUGGGCUGGUGGUGCUGGGCGCGGAUGAGCGCAUCUGCGCACUGACCCGCAGGCUGGUGCAUGGCGAGGAGCUGCAGUUUGGAGCCAUCCACGUGCGCUGCCUCCUAACCCCAGGCCACACCUCUGGCCACAUGAGCUACUUCCUUUGGGAAGACGAGUGUCUGGACCCACCUGCCGUUUUCUCAGGUUCGCGCUGCCCUGCGCCCCUCUGCCCCCCCUCCUUGUCCCCUUCCACCUUCUCUGACCUGGCCAGCUCUCCAGGGGAUGCACUGUCUGUGGCCGGCUGUGGCUCACGCCUGGAAAGCACAGCUCACCAGAUGUACCAGAGCUUGGUGGAGACCCUGGGCACCCUGCCGCCUGAGACAAAGGUGUUCUGUGGUCAUGAGCACACGCUGGGCAAUCUCGAGUUUGCACAGAAAGUGGAGCCCUGCAACGAUCAUGUGAGGGCCAAGCUGUCCUGGGCCAAGAAGAGGGAUGAUGACGACGUGCCCACGGUGCCGUCGACCCUGGGCGAGGAACUUCUAUAUAACCCCUUCCUGAGGGUGGCAGAGGAGCCUGUGCGCAAGUUCACAGGGAAGGUGGCCCCAGCCGAGGUCCUGGAAGUGCUCUGCAGGGAGCGCGCGAGCUUUGAGAGGGCAGCUGAGCCGCUGCAGCCACAGGCCCGGGCACUCCUCGCACUGCAGUGGGGGCUUCUGAGCACGCCCCAACAGAAGUGAGCCCUGCACAGGCCAGGCCACACGUCCCUCCUCUCUCAACCUGUCUCAACCCUGCCCAGCCUCAGAGGGUGGGCAUUCUGGCACUUCCUGGCGGUGGACACCCAGACCGCUCUCUGGGCUACAGUGAGUUCCAAGACCUGGAUAUUUGGGAGGCAGCCUACUGGGGUGCACUGGGCUCCUGAACUUAUGAAUAAAGCUUUGAAAGGCC